UUGAAGGUCUGCAAGGGCGGUCCAGCGGGCUGCUGUGUGUGGUUUGACUGUUUUUGUGGCGAAGGCGCCACGUCGGCAGAACCAACAGGGUGAAAAGAGAGCUGUGCAGCGCUACCUGUAACUGUGUGCGCCAGGAGAAAGUGGAAAGCUGCACACUGAUGCGGUAAAGGCUUGAAAACCCAGAGGAAGAAGAGAGAGAAGAAGAAGAGGCAAGCAACAGUGAGAGCAGCAGCUUUCACGCACAAGCUGAGAAAAACGAAUUAAAUUAAAAGAUAAAAAACAGCAGGAGAGGAAAAGAACGCUGCUAGAUUCUCAAGUUUCUCUGUCAGGUGUGUUCGUGGAGAAGCACUGGGAACAAUGGUGAAGAAUGUAAACAGUGUUAAUGUGGAGCCCCAGCCUGGGACCAGCAUGGCUGAAUUCGACGAAGCCGAAUCCACCAACAGCCAGUCUGCAGAGGAUUCUGGGAAAGAGCACGCGGCAGCUCCUCCUGGCAUGGUGUGGCGAGUGACCGGUGGCCUCUUCAAUGUCACCAAGGGCGUCGUUGGGGCCGCUGUGGGUGGAGUGGCUUGGGUUGGAGGCAAAAGCCUGGAGAUCACAAAGUCCGCUGUGACCACAGUGCCCUCGAUGGGGGUGGGGCUGGUGAAAGGCGGCGUGUCUGCCGUGGCCGGUGGCGUCUCCACCGUCGGCUCGACGGUAGCCAGUAAAGUGCCGUUCACAGGCAAGAGGAAAGACAAGGCCGAGUGAAGAGGAGGAGAAGGAGGAAGAUGAUGACGAUGAAAAUGAAAAUGUUUGAUGGACUUGCCCCACCUUGAGCCAACAGAGAGGCUCUCAGCUGAUCUCUCUCUGCCAAUCAGACGCCACAGUGCCUUUCUCGGUUCUCUCGUCAGCACCUAUAGAUUCAGUAGCGCUACGAUAUCAUGACAUCCUUGAAUUACCAGCAAGAAAGUCACCAAAUCGCUUCAUAUGAUCCUCGUCUGUCCUGGAGUGAGCUUUGUUCGUGGCUCCAGGCGGACUGCAUGUACACCGGCACGUGGUGGACUUCAUGAUAAAUACUUUUAUCUGUUUACAAUCCAGACUGAGGCUGUUCCAGUCCUCUUUCUGCUCUUCACUCUUUCCAAUCUUUACAGACAUUUGGUGAAAUGUUUUCAAGUUCAAAUGCUGAUUUUUAGUCUUUAUUUUGCAAUGGUAUUGAAGUUGUACUGAAGCCUGUGUGGCAUGAAAUGUGCGUGUUGAGAAAAAUGUUUCAGCGUUGGAAACGCUCUUCAGAGGACAGUCUUGAGCUUUUGCAGCAUCUGACCUAAAUUCCUUGGAAGAGCCUGAGGCUUUGUUUUCCCCCAUCCGCCUGAAUCUGCAUGUAGAGACACUUCUCUGUAAAGCACCACUGAGGAUACAGUCACAACAUACCAAGACUGCUCUCUGCUUUUUUUCUUUUCUUUUUUUUCCCACAGCCACGUUAGUGUGAAAUGCUGGAGCAGAUCUUUUUAAAGAAGGAAACUUUGAGCAUGUGAUUCAUUGAUGGUUGCGUAAGAAGAAAAGUAGUGCUUCUUCAUGUCUGAUUGGUCAAACCGCACCUUUAAUAGAAGGUCAUCACUGUUUAGUGCAGGUGAAGCUCAUUAACAUUUAUCUGAAAUAUAAGCAUUUCAAUGCAACAUCUGGAGCAAAUGGAAGCUCUUGCUGAUGGGUCUGAACUAUGUGAAUGUCUUAUGUGUUCUUUUUUUUUUUUUUUCUCCAGUAUAAUCAAUAAAGUAGUUCAUAAGGUCAAACGUGUUUAACAUGCUG